AUGGCGGAGGGGCCCCGGGGCGCCCCGCCGCCGGGAUCGCCCCGCCCCGCCGCCCCGCUGCCCAACGGGCCCCGCGGCGGCGGCGGCGGCGGCGGCGGCGGCGGCAGCCCCGGCUCGGGCUCGGGCAGCAGCAGCCGCGAGGACUCGGCGGAGCGGAGCCCCGCGCCCGCCGCGCCCCGGGCCAGCAUCAUGAAGGAUGGCUCCCGGCAGCGCCCGCCGCAGAAGAAGAAGACAGUGUCCUUCAGCACCAUGCCCAAUGACCGCAAGAUCAACAGCACGGCCGCCUGCAUCUCGUUCAUGCUGGAGGGCUGCGAGCUGAAGAAGGUGCGCUCCAACUCCCGCAUGUACAGCCGCUUCUUCGUGCUGGACGCUGACAUGCGUUCCAUGCGCUGGGAGCCCUCCAAGAAGGACUCGGAGAAGGCCAAGAUUGAGAUCAAGUCGGUGAAAGAGGUGCGUGUGGGCAAAAAGACUCCCGUCCUGCGCAGCAACGGCCUCUCCGACCAGUUCCCAGAUGAGUGCGCCUUCUCCAUCAUCUACGGUGACAACUACGAGUCCCUGGACCUGGUGGCCAGCUCGGCUGAUGUGGUGAGCGCCUGGGUGAUGGGGCUCCGGUACCUGGUGUCCUAUGGGAAGCACACCCCUGAGGCGCCCGGGACCGGCCACCCCAGCCUCCGGACCUCCUGGAUCUCUUCCGUCUUCGAUCUCGCCGACCUGGAGAAGUCUGGCCGCAUCCCCGUGUCCCGGGCUGUGCAGCUGAUCAAAGCACUUAACCCAGGCAUGAAGACCUCCACCAUCGAGCUGAAGUUCAAGGAGCUGCAGAAGGCCAGCGAGCGUCCUGGCACGGAGGUGGCCUGCGACCUCUUCGUGGAGGCGUACUGCGAGCUCUGCACCCGCCCCGAGAUCUUCUUCCUUCUGGUGCAGUUCUCCAGCAACAAGGAGUACCUGGGUCUGAAGGACCUGCUGAUGUUCCUGGAAGUGGAGCAGGGCAUGGAGGGGGUGACGGAGGAGAAGUGCUUGGAGAUCAUCGGCAAGUACGAGCCCUCCAAGGAGGGCCGGGAGAAGGGCUACCUGGCCAUCGACGGCUUCACGCGCUACCUGCUCUCCGCUGACUGCUCCAUCUUCGACCCGCAGCACCGCAAGGUGUGCCAGGACAUGGCGCAGCCCCUCUCCCACUACUACAUCAGCUCUGCCCACAGCGCCUGCCUGCUGGAGGACAACUUCUGGGGCCGCUCAGACAUCAGCGGCUACAUCAGCGCCCUGGGCUUGGGCUGCCGUAGCAUCGAGCUGGUGCUGUGGGACGGCCCUGAGGGCGAGCCCGUGGUCUACACCAGCCCCUCGGCCGCCUCCUGCGUGCCCUUCCGUGCCGUGGUGGGGCUGAUUGACCAGCACGCCUUCACCGCCUCCGCCUACCCCCUCAUCCUCUGCCUGGUGGUGCGCUGCUCGGCCCCCCAGCAGCGCCUCGCCGCCCAGUGCCUGCGCAAGACGCUGGGGGAGAAGCUGUACCUGGAGCCCCCCAACCCCACGGCCUCCUACCUGCCCUCCCCGGAGCAGCUCAAGGGCCGCAUCCUCAUCAAGGGCAAGAAGCUGCCGCCGGGCUGCGAGGACAGCGAGGGGGAGGUGUCGGACGAGGAGGAAGGCUGGGAACUGGCGCGGCGGCUGGGCCAGGAGGAGCGGGAGGCGCCAGAGGGAGGUGGCCCGCGGCGGGUGCGCCUCAGCCGGGAGCUCUCGGAGCUGGUGAGCCUCUGCCAGGCCGUCCCCUUCCAGGACUUCGAGAGCUCGCGGCGCGGGCAGCGCUACUGGGAGAUGUGCUCCUUCAGCGAGGUGGAGGCGGGACGCUUCGCCAACGAGUGCCCGGCCGAGCUGGUGAGCUACAACAAGCGGUUCCUCUCCCGCGUCUACCCCAGCCCCAUGCGCAUCGACGCCAGCAACAUGAACCCCCAGGACUUCUGGAAGUGCGGCUGCCAGAUGGUGGCCAUGAACUACCAGACGCCGGGGCUCAUGAUGGACCUGAACGCGGGCUGGUUCCGGCAGAACGGGGCCUGUGGCUAUGUCCUGCGCCCCGCCAUCAUGCGGGAGGAGGUCUCCUACUUCAGUGCCAACGCCAAGGACUCCUUGCCCGGGGUGCCUGCCCAGCUCCUGCACCUCAAGGUCAUCAGCGGGCAGAACCUGCCCAAGCCCAAGGGCUCGGGGGCCAAGGGGGAGGUGGUGGAGCCCUACGUCUGCGCCGAGAUCCACGGCAUCCCAGCCGACUGCGCUGAGCACCGCACCAAGACGGCCCUGCAGAGUGGGGACAACCCUGUCUUUGACGAGAGCCUGGAGUUCCAGAUCAACCUGCCGGAGCUGGCCGUCCUGCGCUUCGUCGUGCUGGACGACGACUACAUCGGGGACGAGUUCAUCGCCCAGUACACCAUCCCCUUUGAGUGCCUGCAGCCCGGCUACCGCCACGUCCCCCUCCAGUCCCUGGCCGGGGAGCCCCUGCCCCACGCCACCCUCUUUGUGCAUGUGGCCAUCACCGACCGCCGCGGCGGGGGCAAGGGGCACCGCCGGGGGCUGGCAGGGCGUCGGGGCCGCCGGGUGCGGGAGUACACCUCCACCAAGGCCACUGGCAUCAAGGCCAUCGAUGAGGUCUUCCGGACGGCCACCCAGCCACUGCGGGAGGCCACCGACCUGCGGGAGAAUGUGCAGAACGCACUGGUCUCCUUCAAGGAGCUGUGUGGCCUGACGCCCGCUGCCAACAUGAAGCAGUGCAUCCUGACGGUGGCCACGUGGCUGCUGCACAGUGACAGUGCGCCCAGCGUCACCCUCAACCUGGCAGAGAAGUACCCCCCCAUGGAGGCCCAGGGCCCCAUCCCGGACCUGCUGCGCAAGGUCCUCACCGCCUACGAGACGAUGAUCCAGACCAGCCGGACGCUGAUCGAGUCUGCCGACGCGGUGUAUGGGAAGCUCAUCCAGGCGCAGCAGGCAGGGAUGGAUUUCCACAAGGAACUGCCCCGCAUCGAGGCCAAGGAGGGGCUGCGGGGCCGCAAGCUGCAGAAGGCGCUGGAGAGCUUCGCCUGGAACAUCACCGUCCUCAAGGGCCAGGCCGACCUCCUGAAGCACGCCAAGGCGGAGGCGCUGGACAACCUGUGGCAGAUCCACAACGCGGGACAGUCCUGCGGUAUCGGCAGGAACGGCUCGGCCUCGCCGGAGCCCUCCCGGCUGCGCGCCCCGCUGGAGCCCAUCCCGGAGACGGAAGGAGGCGGCGACGCGGCGUCCUGCUGACCCCGGCCUGGGGCUCGGGGGCCCGGACUGAGCACCCCCCCGCCCGCAGGGGCCGGGGGUAGGAAGCCCCAGCCUGUCCAGGGACGGGCAGCCGCCUGCCCGCAGGCUCGGGGUGCGGGGAGGGACGCCUGCGGGGCCGCUGCCCGCGCUCCGCCGUGCCGAGGGGCUGCGGCGGGGCCCAGCGGGGAGGUCGGGGAGGGGUAGCCCCGCUCCCGCUUGCCCCCACCCCCGAGCUCGCCGGGGACUCAUCCAUCUCCCCCCAUCCGCUUCUGGAGCAAGCGUCCUGCCGCGGGGCCCGCGGGGAUGCUGGCACCCCGGUGCCCGUGUGCAUGUGCCCCCCCACCCUACACUGCCCGACCCCCCUCAUAAAAGCAGCCCCCGGACUGGGCUCCUGCCCCUCUCCAGGGCCGCGGGUGUUGUCUUCGCCAGCCCCUGCCUGGCGGGAAGGGUCCUGGCCGGUCGCUGUCCCCUCUCCGCGGGGCAGCGGGUCCCUCCCCCCUCCCUGGCGUCCCCAGCCCCGCCGCUGUGCAGAGGGGCCGGGCGGCUCUGGGGUGCAGCGGGCGGGGGGGCCGCUGCAGACCAGCCUGGGCAGCAGAUGUGGCUUCUGGCAUCAGGGAAACGUCGGGGCUCGUCCCCCGGGCUAGGGGGGCCCCGCGCGGGCCAGGGGUGAGGGGUGGUCUGGGGUCGGACCGGGGCUGCGGAGCGUUAUAAAGAGUGCGAGACCCAGCCCUACGCCCUGCUGCUCCCUCCAUGGCGGGAUGGGGUCACCAAAGGGGUUGUGGCACUGGGGACAGGGAUCAUCCCUCCCUUGGCACCGGCCCAAGCGCAGGGUGACGGCUCCCCACGUCAGGGAGCCUGCGGCUGCCGGCGCCCCUUUGUUCGGGGAGGUAAUUAGCCUAAUGGGGCCGCCGGGAGCGGACCGGCGCCUCCCCAGCGCUGCCCUGCAGCCCCUUUGUGCCGGCCCGGCCGCAGAGCCCGCGGGCAAUUAGGGCCUCAUUAGUGCCACGCACCCUGGCCACCGCGCCCGGCCCGCCGGCACCCGCACAAUGAGAAGCUGCAAAUGAGGGGAAAGGCCUGGCUAGUCUCCGGGCUACCGGCCCCAGCGAGCCCGCGUCUCCCGGAGACCGGCCGCUCCCGCCCGGCCCCGACGGUAUUUUUGGCCGCGCCAUUGUGCCGGGUCCUAUAAAGCAGCGGCGGCGGCGGCGGCGGGCGGGAGGGCGCGGGGUUCUGUGCGGGACAUGCCCCAGCACCGCU